GUGCUGCUUCUUACUUGGACAUGGACAAGGUCAGUUAUGACGCUUUUUUUCCAAGUUUGCAUCAUUGCGUGAUAUUCAAUGCAGAUUAAAUAUUUAAAUUUGGCUCUCCAUCACGACUUGUGGGAUUUGAACCACUUUUUUUAUUCACUGUUCAGUCUUCUCACAGGGUUGCCAAAUUGCCAUCCAUUGGGGUUUGUACACCUGUUAAUCUCCUAACCAGUUCAUGUGCCUGAUUACUAUGUAUUGGACUAGCGAUCGUUGAUCAAUUUGAUCGAUCUCAUAAGAGGUGUCACAAUCAUAUUAAAAAUGGUAAAAGAAACUAUGUCUAUUCAGAGUCUCAGACCGAAUUGAGUUGAGAUAAGUGCCCUUUAAAAAAAAUUCAACCUGAACAGAUGAAGGGCUUUUACCUUAAAAGUAGAGAGUUCAAAACUCGAAUCAAACAGUGAGCUUCAGCCCAAGGAAAAAUACCAACCUAGCAGGACUCAUAAUAAUUACUAAAUUAAAAUAUAGAACAUCUUAUAAGUAUGUAACGUGUUUCUCCCCAUGCAGAAUGCCACGACACUAUCUUAUUAUCAUGCAGAUGACACGUGUGGUGCCACACUCUGCAACAAUACUGCACCUACUUGUGUCUAUUCUUCCCUCCCAAGUAGUCCUUAUCUCUCCAUGAAACUCCAUUCCACUCCAUCUCCAUGGAAGAACACAGAAAAGAAGGCUUUUUUUUGCCAACACCAGUUGCAAAACUAAUAUCCUUUCAAACGGAUUUGAUCUACAAUGGCCUGGUUUCUCUCUUUUCCUCUAUCCACUCUCUUUUUUCCGUGGCUACAGAGUCCUACCACCGUGCUGAGGAGACCAAAGACAGUGUUGAAUCAGCAGUGCAACGUGCUCCUUCUCAAAGCACUCAUGGCAGCGCACUCUUGCUGAAGAAACUGGGACUUUGCUUCCUGAGUGUUGCGUAUGUGUGCAUGGUUAUGAUUUUGGCUCUCAUUCUGGCUGCUGUGGUGGGUGUUGCUUUGGUUCGGUUGUGGGUGGAGGAACCCGUGUCUGUCAAGGAAAAUCUGCAUUUUGAUUACACUGAAGCUCACCCUACGGCUGUGUUUUUAUUCAAUGGAGUUAGAAGCUUUAAGGGUCACCUCAAGAAAAAGCAAAUAAGUGUCCCAGUUGGCCACUCGUUUUUCGCUUCUUUGGUUCUUGUGAUGCCUGAAUCUGACUUUAAUAGGGAGCUUGGCGUCUUUCAGUUGACUGCAGAACUCAUAUCUGUGAAUGGAAAUGUGAUAGCAAAAUCUAGCCAGCCAUGCAUGUUGCGGUUUAGAAGCUCGCCAAUUCGACUAGCCCGGACCUUUAUGAUGGGUGUGCCUCUGGUGCUUGGAAUCUCAGGGGAGACUCAGAAUAUUAAUGUAGAAAUACUGAGGCACAAAGAAGACUAUAGAAGAAGCAAUGCUAUUAGAGUAACUCUGCAUCCAAGAGCAGGAACAUCAUCUCUUCCACAGCUAUAUGAAGCCGAUAUUGUGAUAAAAUCCCAUUUGCCUUGGACCAAAGAAUUGGUUCGAAAUUGGAAGUGGACAUUUUAUGUUUGGGUGUCCUUGUAUGUCUACAUUGUACUACUUGUGUCUCUCCUAUGUUGUUAUAGGCCACUCGUCUUUCUGGUGACACCAGAGUAUUUCAAUGAUCAUAGGGUGAGUGAACUUACAAGAGAAGAACCAGGACAAUUAGGAGAUGAAAGUGAGGUUUCUGAGUUGUUGAGGAAAUGGAGAAGAAGCAGAAGUAAGAGAAAAACCGUCCUGGCACAUGGUGGUGUGCCAGAAACCAUUGUUGGAUCAUCAGCAUCCAGCAUUAGCAUGACUGCUAGAGAAGAUGUAACCAGUGUGGUUAUGGAGGAUGAGGUUGAGGACUCUGAAUCAGUGUGCAUAGGUUAGAGGGCUAAUUUUAAGAGGGAUAAUAAAUUGGUCUUGAGUGAGUUUAUAUUAUGGUUUGAUUAUAAGUAUGUGAACUUUUGUAAGCUUCCACUGCAUUUUAUUAUGGUUUGAAGAAGUAACAUUUUGAACUAUCAUGUCACCUCAAUCUCACUCUUUUGUUAAUAUUA